AUGAGCGGGGGCGGGACAGCAGAUUUCUUCUACAGAGAAGCUCAGCGCCUUGGUUACGUUGCCCGCUCUGCUUUCAAGCUGCUUCAGAUUCAGAAACAGUACAAAUUGAUAACGCCUGGUUCCUCUGUUCUUGACCUCGGUUGUGCUCCUGGUGCUUGGCUUCAGGUAGCUUGUCAAAGUCUUGGUCCACUGAAAAAUGGUGGGGUGGUUGUGGGGAUCGAUCUUAAGAAGAGUAAUUUGACCUCAUCAUUAUAUCAAGAACAGAAGGUGAAGGUUCCUUCUAGUCAUUGCGAUUCAAGGGUUUCAACUGUUUGUGCAGAUGUCAUGAACCUCCCUAAAGAUGAAGUUCGGAAACUGUCCCCUCAGAAAAAAGGGUUUACAGUUCUGUUAUCAGAUAUGUGUCCACUUGUUUCUGGUAUCACAACAAGAGACGCAGCUUUAUCGAUGGAAUUAGGGAUGCGGGCCCUCGAUCUAGCACUUGGAGGGGAUCGAUCGUCUGACGAGCCCUUGGACGUAGAACAGCAAGAAGAUGACGUCGGUGUUCUCCAAAGCGGAGGACACCUUAUCGUCAAGCUUCUAGAGAGCGAGGAUACAAAAGAGCUGAUGAAGAUCUGCAAACCUGUGUUUAGGAAGUCGUCAUGGUUAAGACCUAAAGCUACAAGAUCAAACUCCAGGGAGAUUUAUUUGAUUUGCCAGGAUUUGCAUUAAUUACAAUUACACCACAAUCUCCAAAAUCAUAUCGGUUUCUAUUUAUGAUAUGAUAAUAAGUUUUGACUUGCUAUUUACUACUCC